AUGAGUAUAGAGCAAGAUGAUUUUUUCCUGACUGGGUUGAUUACAUCGAAUAUGGGAAUAGGAGCUGCUUCUACUUUACCGUCGACUAAUGCUGCUCGAUCAACUGCCAUAAUGAAUAUGAAAUUAUCUUCAGGCUAUCUGGGGAACAAUGUAUCAUAAAUGAACAAUCAACUGGGAUCAAUGACUUCGAGAGACUUCUUCUAAAAAAGAAAGUUUGAUCAACAGAAAAAAGCAGUCGAAUAUCUAGAUAAAGUUAGAUCACUUAUAAAAAUGAACGAGAGACAGAUGAUAGGUUUAGAAUCUAUCAAAACACUGAAACAAGACACAGCAGCAGACUAGAGGAAACUAGACAAGAGAGCACUCAGCUAGAGAAGACUAACUAAAGAUGAUAAAUAGAGAUUCGCAAAGAUGUAUGAGGAGAGCUAGACACAGACACCUCUAGUAAUGAAUAAUGGUUAAGUAUCUGCUAGACUCAAGUAAACUCAGAAGUUUCAUGACAAACUGUUCCUUCAAAAAACUCUGAAUCACAUUGAUAAUCAAGAAGGGUUCAAAACUCAGAGGGUUGAUCAUCAACAUAAAAUCAAUGCUCAAGAGGAAUUCGAAGAUAUUAAAGGCAUAGCACUCGCAUAAUGGGAUGAAGUAUUUGGUGAUAAGACAUCAGAUGAAAUUCAGUAGCUAAUUAAAGAGUAUGAAGCUAUCCCCUAUGUUAAAUCUGAUGUCAAAAUGCUUCUGGAAAAUAAAGAGAAAGAAAUGAUAAAAAAGCGUAACAGCGAUCUAUUCAAAAUAAAAAUGCUUGAGAAGUAGCUGUAAGAUCAUCGUAAAGUUCUAGAGGCACUUGUCUUAGAGGCCACUGACUAUGACAUUAAUAAAAUGGAGCGUUUACAGAAGGAGAUCGAUGAGACAUAUCAUAAGACCUAGAACGAAGAGCUCCACACUCUAAUUCUAUAGCAUAUGAGGUCAAGAGACAAGAAAUUGCUUUUAGAUGAGCAAGAACCCAUUCCUAAAAGAAAACAAAAACUGGAUUUUCUAAAUAAUUAAAUAGCUUAAUGUCACAAGGAUAAACUAGAAUAUGAAAGGGAGAUUAGAAUAAUGGAAAAUGAUUUCCUUAUUCAUGAGCGCCAUUACUCUUCAAAAUAGAUCUCGGAUGAAAAUUUCUUCAGGAAGGAGAAAAACGCAGCAAUUGUGAUCAAUAAAUAUAAGGAACUGUAUAAAAUGGAGAAGAUCAAAAGAGAAGAGGAGGAGGCUGAAAGAGAGAAAGAUAAGCAGCACAAACGAGAUUAGCAGGUUAGAGUUGAGAAACAGGAGAAAAUCAAAUAGGAAAAGUUGAGAAUUGAGACUGAAAAGAUUAUUGAGGACAAGGAGGAGGAGUUCAAAAGGAUUCAAUAGCAUACAAUGGUUUAAGGUGUAGAGCAGCUUCCUCAGUAUAUGACUGAUUACGAGAUUGGACAGGAUUAUCUUAAGAAUUAAAUAGAUGAAAUCGAUCAGCAAAACCUUGAUAAAAGAUAGCAUCUGGAUUAGCUUAAGCAGCAGUUAUACUAGAUAAUGCUGAGAAAGAACUAGAUAGCAAAUGAAAAUAAGCUUUUAGAGAGCAAGGACUAGAAUGUUAAUGUCAAGGAGAAAGAAAUGGCUGAGUUAAGUAAUAAAAAGGCAUUAAGGAAGCAGAUGCUGGAGAAGAGAAAUUAGAUGGAUUAAAAUAUCCUGAAUGUGUGUGGAGUCAUGCAAAAGCUGUCAAGACAACUUAAAAUACAAGAUAAAUAAACUACGAUAAAGUAGAAUCUGAGUACCUAGAUAAAUAUGAAAGGUGCAGCUGAAAGUGCUCUAAUAUAAAUAAAUAAGAAAAAUGUGGAUGAGAAUGUAUCACUAGGAAACAUUAUCGAUAGCUUUUACAAUCCAGACCAUCUCGGUAUUGAUAAGAAUAUAUACAUCAGCAAAAAAGACGACAAUGGCGUGAGUCAGUUAGGCAGCAAUAUUGUUCAUCCUCUAAUGCAAAACAAAAUUUAUGAAAAUAACGAAGAGCAGAACUUAGGACUAAGAGAAGAAAAAGAAGCAAACCAAGAGUUUAGGUAGCAAUAUUUAAAGAAGAAGGGGAAAAUUUGA